CUGUUUACAGUCUGUUUUUCUUACAAUGUUGCUCAGAAGUACCCAGGAGUGAAAGGGUUAACACGUUAUGCUAUACGGGCUCCCUGUGGUAAAAUAAUUUGUCCCCUGGGACAUCUGGUCACGAGGCUUCCGUACACAAAGGUUUGGUGACAAACUCUAGAAGACCGCAAACAAAGCACGGAAGCUUGAUUUCCACUCUGUGCUUCAAUAUAAGAAGAAUGUCCUUAAGGUGUUUGCUGUUUGUCAUUGCUGUGGUUGGCACAGUAACGCCCUGCAUCUCUAAGUACCUACCCACAUGGGAGUCGCUUGACUCAAGACCCAACCCUGGGUGGUAUGACAAAGCCAAGUUUGGUAUCUUUAUGCACUGGGGCCUGUAUUCAGUGCCAAGCUAUGGUGAUGGAGAGGCAAGCGAGUGGUUCUGGAAGUACUGGCAUGACGGCAGUUCAGCAAAUGUCAACUUCAUGAAGAAGAAUUUCCCUCCUGGGUUCACCUAUGCUGAUUUUGGUCCCAUGUUCAAGGCAGAGUUCUUUGACCCUGAUGUCUUUGCAAACCUUAUUGCAAAGUCAGGAGCAAAAUACUUCGUCUUGACCAGCAAACACCAUGAAGGCUGGACCAUGUGGAAAUCCAAUGUCUCAUGGAACUGGAACUCUGUUGACAAUGGGCCACACAGGGAUCUUGUUGGUGAGCUUGCCAAGUCUAUCCGCACCAAGACCAAUGUGACGUUUGGCCUUUACCAUUCGCUCUAUGAAUGGUUUAAUCCCUUGUAUCUGCAAGAUAAAGCUAAUGAUUUCAGGACCAACGAUUACGUCAAGGACAUCAUGACACCUCAGCUAAUGGAUCUUGUCAACUCGUACAAGCCGGAGUACAUCUGGUCUGAUGGGGAAUGGGAAGCCACUAGUGACUACUGGGGAAGCAAGGAGUUCUUGGCGUGGCUUUUUAAUGAAAGUCCAGUGAAAGACACAGUGCUUGUGAAUGACGGAUGGGGGAAGAACUGCUUGUGCAAGCAUGGAUCCGUAUGGACCUGCUCUUCACGCUACUACCCUGGUCAUCUACUCAAGCACAAAUGGGAGAACGCGAUGUCUGUCGACAAAGGGUCUUGGGGCUACCGGCGAAACGCGGGCAUCAAUGACUAUUUCACCAUUGAGGAGCUGAUUGCUAAGCUCAUGGCUACCAUAAGUUGUGGAGGGAAUAUGCUAAUGAAUGUCGGUCCCACGGCGGACGGACGCAUUGCACCCAUUCAUCAAGAGCGCAUGCUCCAAAUGGGCAAAUGGCUGGCAGUCAACGGCGAGGCCGUCUACGAAACCAAGCCAUGGAGAUCACAGAAUGAUACCGUUGCUAAAAACGUCUGGUACACCUCCACCGCAGAUGCUUUCUACGCCUGUGUCCUUGAUUGGCCGAGCGCAAGUCACCUGAUCCUGGGUGAACCAAUCACAACCACGAAUACUCAAGUGACGAUGCUUGGAUACCCGACACCAUUCAGGUGGACCGCGUAUUCCUCCAAGUCUGGUAUUGUGAUUGAAAUCCCGGCGAUUCCCGUCGAUAAACUGCCCACCACCUGGGCUUGGGUUUUCAAAUUUGUAAAUGCCUCAUAGGAAGCCUGAAUGAAAAUGAAACUUGUGAACGCGAUUUUCUUUUUGCACAUAACAGCACACUUUGUCGAAAACGUAAGCUUUCGUUGGCUCUACACAAAUAACACACAAUGCUUAAUUUAAAUGUAUUUACUUGGUUGGCUUAGACGUAAGGCGUUACUUGGCUUAAUGCAAGAUAGCAUUAAAUUAUUAUACUCUUUCGCUCAAGCUGAUUUGUAAAGUUGAACCCUGCUAGCCCGAAUCCCCACAGUAAACGAAAAACAGUUACCCGAGUAGAAAUGAAUGAAAAUUAGUCCCAAGGGAACUUGAUACCAGUUCGAGUUAGAGUAGAUUUCUAGCUAUCCGCGUAGAAAUUACUGGAAAUUAGUAUCUAGGGAGCUUGUUGUUUAUUCAAAGUUCGCAGGGAGUUCAAGGAUAUCUGGGUUCGAGAGGAUUUCCACUUUACUAUCUUGGUGCGGUAUAACAAUCGAUAAAAAGAUUUAAUCCAUUUUGAGGAAUCGUUUUCGUGUCCGUUCUUAUAUAAUUAAAGUGGCUGACCAUGUACUCCAAAACUCUAGGCCAAAAAAAUGAUCAUUUUUGUAUUUAUUUUAUAUUCUACUGUAUUUAAUCGAAUGAACGUAGUGGCGCGGUCAUCACAAUUCAAAGUAUUGAUAAGACUAUUGUGGAUGUAUUACAUGUACACCUAUUUCACAAAAGGUUAUCAGUGCAAAUGGCGAAUGGUAAAUGGCUUAUGGGUACUAAUUAUACGUAAAAUUAAGGUGUUAAAAAAAGUCCAGCAAUUUCAGAGCCAAGCAUUGGUAACCUUUAUAGCCAAUUUCGUUAUUGCGCGACCUGCCAGAAUCCAAAACGCCUUUCUUCGUUUGGAAAUAGCGCGUAGUCAAUCAAACCAAACAAUCAAAACCAGACAAACCGCACCCAAAGCUUUUGCCUGACUACACGCUAUUCCCAAACGAGACAAGGAUUUUGGAUUCAUCGAGGUCGCGCAACAACGAAUUUGGCUGUAAUGGAUAAUUGUUUUGAUUUACCAUAUUCUUCGAGACGCAUGGUUACUUUCGGUCGUAGAACUUCCAUUUGCCAAUCGCCAUUUACACUGACAACCUUUAUUUUAAUAGGUGUAUAAACUCGCGGGGAAAGCUCGAUUUCAACUAAGAACCACACUACUCUUGAUGAUAAGAAACUAAAUAAAAAAAAUCUAUGAAAAGGCUUCUCCAAUAAAACAUAUUAAUGCGAA